AUGCUCGAGACCCUCACACACUCCCCAGAGCAUUUGCCGGCCCGCCCGCGUUCGCAAGAUACCAUCACGACUGAGGAGCUACCAGGCUAUAUUACGGAGCCAGAGGUACAGCCAUUCAAACCAGAUAAUUUCACCCGGUUUCUUCAGAUUGACAGUGCGCUACGCACACUGGACUAUGGCUCGUUCAGUACAGGCAAGGUUGUGGUGUCGCCCAAGAAAGUUGUGCCGCCUGGCAGCCUUAUUUUAGACAUUGUGGGGACCGAGCAGGCUCUAGUAGAGAAUGGCCAGUUUUGGAAAUCGAAUAAGACCUCUGUUCGCAGGUUCGUCUGCAGCCGGGUCAUCAUUCCUUUUGAGUGCCCACUUGAACCCAACCACAGAUACAAGUUUCCGUUUUCUCUUCAGUUCCCCAUCAAUUACGAUUCUAUCGAAUGCAAGAACGGUUUGAAUCACUGUACAAUCCCCCCAACUCUCGGAGUGGGCUGUGAAAUCGAGCUAUCUCCGUAUGGCGCGUUAAUUGAUUAUCACAUUCGUGCCUAUUUCCUGGGCACUACAAGCGUGUUUUGCCGCCGGAACCUAACAUUUACGCCCCGAAGGUGUUUGCUUUUUGAUCUUGAAACUUUUGUUGAUGAGACUGGGAAAAGUAUUGAUAGAGUUUACAGUUCCCACGCUCGCUUGACCAACAAAUCUUUCAGAGGCUCCCUCUUAGCUCUGGUCGCACUUCAUGGGCGCCCGUUCAGACACGAUGCUGAUACUAAACAAGGUGUCAUGACGUUCGACUUUGAAUUUAUACCCGCUAAUGACACCAUCACUGCUGCCCAGUUCCAAGACAACUUUUCCACGUCUUUUGUUAUCAGAAAAGUCAUUUACGCUGCCCCCGACGGCAUCGGAAACAAGCUUUGCAAAACUGAAAAAAACACAGUUAAAAGCUACAGGGUAGCAUCUGGCAAAGUGUCAACAAGCUUUGAAUGGGAAGGUAACUUGGCCCAUGUAUCGGCAGCCUAUGAGAUUGAGCAACCCCUUCUUUUGAGAACACCGAACUUUGUGUCCUGUCACACCGCUGUCAGCUAUGAGUUUGAUAUCGUUUUGAAGCAUAAGAACAUGACGGCGACACUAACAGUUCCAAUGAUCAUUCAUUAUCCCCGCCCAGCGCCCUACUACGAUAGCUGCUGA